AUGAACUCAUAUCUGAGUGCAGGCUUAGGGCUGUUCGGUUUUUCCGUGGUUUACUUUAUCAUCGCGUCUUUUCUUUCCAACCGUUAUCACGCCAGGAAGGCCCGAGAACUCGGAUGCCAGCCAGCAUGGGAACGGCCGUAUCGCUUACCACUCGGUAUCGACCUGGUGAAGGAGGUCAUGGACGCCGAUAAGAACCAUGUCGUUCCGAAUUACUUCUUGGACGUGUACAACAACAAGGCCGGUAAGAGGGCAACAUGGUCCCAAAACAUGCUUGGAAGUUACGGCUACGUGACCUCGGAUCCAAAGAAUGUCCAAGCUAUCCUUGCAACUCAAUUCAACGAUUUCGAGCUGGGAGAGGCGCGCCGGGGAAACUUCUUCCCCAUGCUGGGCAAUGGAAUUUUCACUACUGACGGCAAAGCGUGGGAACAUUCGCGGGCCCUUCUGCGUCCGCAAUUCGCGCGCCAACAAGUCUCAAAUCUGGAAUUGGAGGAAGUCCAUGUCCAGGAUAUGUUCAAGCAUCUCACCACGCAAAAUGGCUGGACCAGUCAAGUUGACCUGUCACCACUGUUCUUCCGCCUGACACUGGACUCUGCCACAGAAUUCCUGUUCGGCCAGAGUGUCAACUCGCAGAUAGCUGCUUUGCCCGGCUACACUGGGGAAGGGCGGAAACCUGGUGAGCUGGACUGGACGAGAUUCGCGAACUGUUUCGACUCCGGCACUAUGGCUCUGGGAACGCGCAGCCGUUUGGCCGACCUGUACUGGCUAUACAACCCCAUGCACUUCAACGAGAACUGCAAAGAAGUUCACAGAUUCGCUGACUAUUAUGUCAACCUGGCGCUGACCACGGAUCUGUCGUCGUUGAGCGAGCAUAACUUCGAAAAAGAAGGAAAGAGCCAGAAGAAGGAGAAAUACAUCUUCUUGAAAGAGCUUGUCCAAGCCACCCGCGAUCCUGUCGAGCUGCGAAGCCAAUUGCUGAACAUCCUGCUUGCUGGCCGUGACACCACGGCUGGCCUCCUCGGCUUUACCUUUUACCUAUUGGUCAGGCACCCCAGGGUCUUCAAGCAAUUGCGCGACACAAUUCUAGACAACUUCGGCACGUACGAGUCGCCAAAGUCGAUUACUUUCGAAACACUCAAGGGCUGCACGUACCUGCAACACGUCAUGUCUGAGACUCUCCGACUAUACGCCACAGUGCCUUUCAACAGCCGCCGCGCCACCAGAGACACUACUAUUCCUCGCGGGGGUGGUCCGGAUGGCAAUUCUCCACUGUACGUCAAGAAGGGCAUGGAGGUCAACUACUCUUGUCACAUCAUGCACCACCGCGAAGAUAUCUGGGGUCCAGAUGUUGAAGAGUUCAAGCCCGAGAGAUGGAUGUCCCGUCGACCCGGCUGGGAAUUCCUGCCUUUCAACGGCGGGCCUCGGAUCUGCCUGGGACAGCAGUUUGCAUUGACCGAGGCUGGCUAUGUGAUCGUGCGCAUGUUGCAAAAGUUUGAUGGCAUUGAGACUUAUGAGACGGACCCGAUUGUUCGACACUCGUAUGGCCUUACCACUGCCCCUCUGCGCCUUCCUGUCCGUCUACACGAGGCAGCUGCGAACUGA